AUGAGCACAUCAAACAGCACCACAGAAGAUGAACGGGUUUAUGCUGGGAUCUUUGGCUGCAUUAUGGUGAUAGGUCUGCCACUCAACGCAGUCUCACUGUGGAUUCUUCUUCGCCGCCACAGCCUCAAAUCGCCCAACGCUGUCUUCAUGGUGAACCUGGCACUCUCAGACCUGCUAGCCAUCAUCUCUUUGCCCAUGAGGAUCUACCAUCAUGCAACAGGCACCCCGCUGGGAAUUAUCACAUGCCUCUUAAGCCUAAUACUCUUUCGCAACAACCUCCGCUCCAGCGCCUCCUUCAUCACCUUCAUAAGUGUGGACCGACUGCUGGCUGUGGUUUACCCUCUGAGGUCUCGCCAUCUUCGGACCUCGUGCAAUGCCUGGAAAGGAGCAGCACUCGUCUGGGGGUUUUUCCUGGUGGUAAAUAUCCCAGAGGCCAUAGGAUUUGUAAAACACAUACAGAACCACACAGAACACAUUUGUUUUCAAUCUCAUUAUUAUAAAAGUGUAACACGAUCAGCAAUUAUUUACCUUCAGAUUGUGUUGCUGGUCACAAUGCUAGCAGUCAACAUUGUGUGCACCGUGAUGGUUUCCUGGACUCUACACAACCAUCUCAGUGACUCUGCAAAGGUCAGAAACAAGGUGAAUGUAAUGCUGAUUUUUGCCAUCAACUUGGUUAUAUUCUGCACAUGUUUUCUGCCCAUGCCAAUACAUGUUCUUACAAAAAGCAAAACCAGUAUAACUCCACUGGUAUGUCUGACUGUUUUGAGCUGCUGUCUGGAUCCACUGAUGUAUUAUAUUUCUUUUGACUCCUUCUGGAAGAAAAAAGAGGACGUGGGAAGAGAACUAUAG